UUGAACCAGUGACACCCUGAAUUUGGGCGCUCAACACGGAUGUUGGCUUCCGAGCCGUCCCGGUAUGUCCUGUCGUUACUUCUUCAUAUAGUUUCGUCCAGCAAAUGUUGAGUGAAACGUUUCCGAGUACGUUAUGGUCCAUCAAAAGGAGGGCGCAUGGAUAUCACUGGACUCAAUCGUAGAAGGUUUGGUACAUCACCCCCUGUUCAUCGUCUGUAGUUUAAUUUGAUAUGGAAAAUCCGCCUAUUCGUAUACUUCAGAGACCAUGCCAGACUUCAGAUAACCAAACUUCACAAAUUUUAAAGUAGGUGGUCACUCUAUGAGUACUUACUUUAGGCCGCCAACGACGGUCAAGACCUUGGAGCAAAGGGAGGCUGAUUAUGCGGCUGCCAGAAGACGAAUACUAGGCUCAGACAGUUCCGACGCCGAUGUGGACGACGCGUCCAAUACGAAAGGGAACACCAGAACUUCGGGUUCUGGCAACGGGCAUGGUGGGAAUUCUUUGCCUCGACAGUCUCCAGGAUCAAACAUAAAUGCGACAACUGCCACGCCGUUAAUGUCCAUACAGGCUACCCCAGCUUUGGCUUCUGAUUUUGGGACAUCCACUGUAACAUCUUCGUUGACCAGUAACGGUGCUGUGCAGCCUCGUGUUACACAUAAUGGUAGCGCUCGUCAGUGUUUGGCCGUUGUAAACGUGGCACAGAAGCUCCAACAGCAACCACAACCUACGCCAAAUUUGGCACGCCCAGUCAUACAAACGCAACAACCACGCCUUUUGACCACUUCUGCAAGUAGCCCUUCUUUCUUCAACCCCCGUACUACAAAUCAGCCGGUACCCCUGUUUCCUUCACACACGAAUGCAGCCAAUACGGGUCUUUUACCAACACCGCCGGGUUUCAAUUACUCCAUGCAGAAUGCGACAUUGAACGGCGGAGGUGGGAUUCAUCAUUCUCAUUCGGCCGCAUACGCUCUGAUGCAGCACUUUGGGCUAUUCCAGCAGCAAUAUCAGCAGGCGUUAAAUGGAUUUCAAAACCACCUGAUUUCGCCCACAAUGUCCCAGACAGGGGCUUCGCUUAAUCCUUUCACUUUCUCGCCCGUCGCUUCACAACCAACUGCUAAUCAAAAGUACACACAUCCAUCAACCUUCAACUGAGCUGUGUUUGAUCCGAAUUGUGGUUAGGUUGCGGUCGCAUCUUUCUAUCUGGACGCUUCUGUCUAUAUGUCACAUGCCAUCUAGGUGCGAAGUUUUAAACUGUCGUCUCGGUUGCUCCGUUUCGUCAGUUGUCCGUCUCAAAUGUCCGUCUAUGCGGUGCUGCUUUUUUCGUGACCCUUCCCUCGAUAUUUUGUUCUAAUUGGUCUGUUUUAUGCAUAUUCAAUAAAGUAAAAUCCAGGCAACU